AUGACUCUCGUUUUGGUUGUCUACUCCGAAGCAAUAUAUGACAAUGAUGAGGAAUCAUUUCGAAUGAAAAUUCGUCAAAUAGAAGACGACGACGAAGAAGAAGAAAAUGCUCCAUUUAAUAAUUCAGAAGAUGAUGAUAAUGAUGAAAAGAUCGAAAAUGUUCGUCGAAAAUUUUCACCAUGUGAACCUUGUGGCUUGUUACGUCGUUCUUGUUGUUUUCCAAAUUUAUGUCAACAUCGAUCUGGUCAAAUAAGCCAAUGCCUCAAAGUAUAA